CUCAACUCUGGCCUGCAGUAGCUCAGAGGAUUUGGCGGUGGCCUCACACUGCCUCGUCUACAAGCUCGUCACUCGGGGAGGAGGGAGGAGGAGAGGCCACGACGGACCGCCCUCCUGAGAGGACCGAUCGAGCCGCCGUUAACGACGACGACGAAGGCGUCGUAGAAGAAGAAGAAGACGACGACAACCCAAUCCAUCUAUCCCCACUAUCUACCUAUCUCUCUCUCUCUUUCGUCCCUCCAUUUCCUUCUCGAACGGUUAGCCCCAGCGAGAGCGGCGUUACGGAGAGCAUCAUCAUCGCAGACCAUCGACGACGAGAUGUCGUCGGCGACGCUGACGAAGGCGACGCCAGAAAAAUGACAGCUCCUCCUGCUGCUGCUACGUCUGCUACUUCGUGCACCCCUGACGAGGUGUGGUGAGUCAUUUCUGACCGAAUAAGAAGAAGAAGAAAAAGAAUUAGUCUGUGUGUGUGUGUGUGUGGAAAGAAAAUAAAAAGGAAAGAAAGUGACGCUAAAAGAACACAAUGAACGAAAUACAAAAAUAAGAUAAUAUUUUAAAAAAUAAAUAAAAAUCUCCUGGCGACAUUAUUUCUUUUGGCUCGAAAGAAGAGGUGGGAAAAGAAGCAAGGUCAGGUCAGGCAGGUCUUCCACCUCACGUGACCUUUUCAGCGGCAUCCUUUGAAGUUCCAGAGAAGGUUAACCGUUGGAGGUGUCGCCAUAGUACCCAAAGGACCGCCCACCCUUCUUCCAUCCACCGCCUGAAGAUGAAGACUUACUUCGUGUGCUUUCUGCUGGGUGUCGCCUGCGGGCUGGGCAUCAGGGGCGUGUACCCCGCCCCUUCCACCAGCCACGCCCACGCCCUCGCCCACUCUGCCCCGCCCCCCGACCUCCUGGCACUGAUGCAGGACUUCUGGCACUGGAAGACGCAGGAUUUCCCACAGUUCGCUACUAAGGUUGGCAUAAAUGACAACACGGCCGGGAGGUUAGAUAGUCUGAACAAAGAGCACUUCGAGGAGAGAAGGAGCAAAUGCGAGGAGUUCCUGCAUCGCGCAGAGGCGAUCGAGACAGACGCUCUACCCGAGGACGACCUCAUCAACCUCAAGAUUCUCAAGGAAGAACUCAAGACUUACGUCGAUAACUUCAAUUACCUCAAGUAUUUCACGCCCAUAACCUUCUUAGGAGGUCCACAGCUUAGAUUCAAGCAAAUGGUCGAAAAAGAGAUGGUUCUGGAAUCUUACAACGAUUACCAGAAGUUGCUUUCUAGAUACGGCGAGUUCCCCAGACAGGCCCAAGAAAUCCUCGACUUAAUGAAAGAGAACCUGGAGAGUGGACUCAUGCCUUCCAACUGGUCUAUGGUGGGUGUGAUCCAACAGCUUGACGACCUUGGAGGUCCUGUGGAGGAUUCUGUCUUCUACAGGCCAUUCGUUCACACUCCGUCCACGAUCUCCACGGAACAGAGAUCAGCGCUAAGAGAGCAAGCGGAAAAAAGAAUUCAACAGGACCUUCUGCCUUGGUUCAAAAAAAUAAGGGAUUUCAUACAGGAGGAGUACCUCGCAGGCACGAGGAACGAAAUAGGAGUCUCGUCUUUGGAGGGCGGAGGGGAGUUCUACCAGGCCUGUCUGAAAUUCCACACCUCCACCCAACUCACGCCCCAAGAAAUCCACAAUUUGGGCGUCACCGAGGUGGCCAGAAUAACCGAAGAGGUCGCCAAGACUGCAGUAGACCUAGGACUGGAAGGCAAGAGUUUGGGAGAAAUCAGCAGAAUUGCCAAGAGCGACCCGAGUCAGAACUUCAACAGCAAAGAGGAGCUUUUGGAGACUUACAGAACGGCCGUUUAUACCAAAAUCUACCCCGUCAUCCACACGCUCUUCGCCGAGAUACCCGACGUCAAUGUCACGGUUGAGGGGAAGGAUAACCCCAACGCCAUCUACGCAUCCUACAGCGAUCCUUCGAUGGACGGCACGCGUCCUGGAACCUUCUACUUAAAUACCUACAUAUACGAUCAGCACAAGAAGUACGAAGUGACGGCUCUCUCGCUGCACGAGACCAUCCCGGGCCACCACCUGCACUCCUCCUACAUGAGAAUGAACCCUUCGACGCCGGACUUCAGGAAAUACGUCGAUUUCUCCCGAAAGGAGGACAUCCCGGCCAAGUUCCCCCUCCACACGGCGUUCCUGGAGGGCUGGGGGCUCUACUCCGAGUAUCUGGGGCAGGAAUUGGGGUUGUACGACGAUCCUUAUCAGAGACUUGGGCGCCACUCCUUCGAACUCCUGCGGGCGAGCAGACUGGUCGUGGACACUGGAAUCCACGCCCUUGGGUGGUCCAGAGCUCAGGCCAUGGAAUACCUCCUGGAAAAUACAGCCAUGACGGAGGAAGCUAUCAAUAUCCAAGUGAACCGCUACAUAACAUGGCCGGGGCAAGCCUGCUCCUACAAAAUAGGCGAGAUCAAGAUCAAGCAGCUGCGUCAGAAGGCGGAGAACGUCCUGGGGAAGCUGUUCAACAUCAAGGCCUUCCACAGCGUCGUCCUGCACUGCGCAGGACCGCUGAAGCUCCUGGAGGAAUGCGUGAACAACUACAUAGAGACGGCGAGCGUCAUAGAACCCGAGGAGGAGGAAGAGGAGGGGAGAGGGGGGGAGGAGUCUGCUGUAGAAGCCAACGGCGAAGGGGGGGAUGCGUCCCCGGGGGGCUCCGGCGUCGAGGGCGAGGACUCCGAUAAUGAGACGAGCGGAGGAGGAACCCUUAGCUUUUACAGCGUCUUAUUAUUGCAUUCUGUGAUCUUGACUGUAUCUAUAGUUUAUUACCCGUUUGUUACGUAUCUAUACAGUAGAUAGUCUCCUUUAGUCAUCUAUUUAGUGAAAAUUUGCCAAAAGAAAGAGACUGGAGAUGUACAUUUUUUUUCAUAGUGUUCACGUGUGCAUACAUUAUAGUGUGGUGUGUAUGUGUGUGUCUGUGUGCGUCUGUACCUUGUGAUGCUUUUGAUUCAUAUCAUAGUCAUUAUAUUGUAAAAAUAUUCUAUCUAAUAAUAAUAUAAAUAUAUAAAGACUGCC